AUGCGUCUAAAGUGGAAGAAUGCGUUGAUUGUGAAGCUGCUAGAAAGGAAGAUUGGCGUUGGAUUUAUGAAGAAGAGGCUGGAGGUGAUGUGGGCGAAGGCUGGGAAUAUUACUGUUGCGGAUCUAGGUCAUUACCUAGCCACAAGGAAGUGGGAACCAUGUUUUGAUCCUGACAAAGCUAAUAUCCAUAAAGUAGCUGCACGGAUUCGACUCCCAGGCAUCCUACAGGAAUAUUGCGAAUUUUCAUUUCUGAAUCAUCUUGGUUCGGUGAUUGGUAAAGUAAUUAAGGUUGAUCGUACUACUUCUACUGUAGACAGAGCCAGAUUUGCCAGGGUGUGUUUUGAAAUUGACCUCUCUAAGCCUUUGAGAGGUGAAUAUGUUUUGGAUGGUGCUAGGAAGAGGGUGGAGUAUGAAGGACUUUUUUUGAUUUGUCUCAAAUGUGGUAGGUAUGAGCAUAACUCUGACUCAUGUCCAGAUUUUGCUAGACCUACUCAUGUGCAUCAACCGGAGGAGGCUCCUGCUCAACUUGUGGAAAAUUCUGGAGCCCAAGGUGUAGGACCAUGGAUGGUUGUUAAUCGAAGGAAGAAAGAUCAGCCAUCCUAUCAAAAGCAUGAUACCGAAAGUUACAGAACCUUUGGUGCUGACAUCUCUAAUAAAAAGAGUAUGAUGGGUCCUAAGUCUGGUGCUAACAAGGAAAAGGGUAAUGCAAAAGGGGCUAAUGUCCAACAGUCUGUGAGUGACUCUCCUAGUCCUAUGGUAAACAAUGAGAAUGUAUCCUCGUGUAGCAAAGCUGGGUCCCCUGUUCUUGGAAUGUUGUUUGCAACUGUUGCAUCAUCUGCUGCUAAAAAAGUGGUGCAAAUCGUUCGGGGGUUUAUUCUUCCAAGAAAUAUGUGGUGA